AUGGCCUCGGAAGCUGAUACAUCAUCGGACGCUGUCCACGCUUUCCUGGAAGCUGCAACCGGGAUCGAAGAAUCUAUCAUGAGCACAGCCGAUAGGAACAGAGUACUUAUGAAGCUGUAUGAGCUUGUCAGCAAAGCGGAGUCUCCCUGGGACACUUUUAUGAGGAUAUACACGAACCAGCCUACCGUGCCAGGUGCCCUGAGAGUGCUCAGAGACGUGCGACUCUUUGAGCGAUGGCGACAGAAUGGAAACUCGCCAAUGACUGACGUCGAGCUCGCGGGCCUGACUGACGGCUUCGAUCCAGCUCUUCUCCAUCGUCUGCUCCGUCUUCUGGUCGCAAACCACCUGGUUGAGAGGACCUCCGAUGGUAAAUACAAGCCUGGCAGGUUCUGCAUGAAGCUCGCCGAGUCGGACUUUGACACCGCAAUCAAGUUCUAUGAUGACUACUACCUCCCGAUGUGCCUCAAAAUGCCGGCCUACUUCGCUGAGACGGGUUACCAGAACCCCUCUAACAGCCGGCGAACCGUCUUCGACUUGACUUUUGGCGUCGAGGGCGGGUUGUUCAGCUACCUCGAGAAGAACCCGCGCUCUGGAGAGGUCUUUAACAUCGCGCAGAGGAGCGGGACGAAUGCGCUAGCCCGGUGGACGUCCAUCUACCCGAGCGACGAGCUGCUGCAUGACAUCGACACACGGCUACCCAUCCUCGUUGAUGUGGGCGGGAGCAUCGGGCAGGACGUCCAAUGCUUCCUCAAGCGGCACCCAGGGACCGCCUCCAGGGUGUACCUCGAGGACGUCCCCACGGUGAUCGAGGACGUGAACUCCACCGUCGCCCAGGGCGUCCAUAGGAUCCCCUACGACUUUUUUACUCCUCAGCCGAUUAAGCACGCGCGCGCCUACUACAUGCACCACAUCCUCCACGACUGGCCCGACAAGCAGGCCCUCGAGAUCCUCGAGAACCAGAAGGAAGCCAUGAAGCCGGGGUACAGCAAGAUCCUCAUCCAUGAAAUCGUCAUUAGCGGCCCGGCCCACCCGUACGUUGCCGUCGCCGACAUGCUCAUGAUGAACUUUGCCGCCUCGAAGGAGCGCACGGAGGAGGAGUGGGAGGACCUGGUGAGGUCGGCCGGCCUCAGGAUCGUCAAGAUCUGGAGGAUCCCGUCCGCGAGGGAGAGCGUUAUCGAGGUUGAGCUGGCCCCGGAGAUGCCCAGGCUUUAG